AUGCACUGUGGCUUCCACAGAGGCCUACAGGCCGCCGCUUGUGCCGCCGCCACGUCCCUAGUGACCCCUGAGACGUUCCAGCGCAUUUGGCGAGUCCUCAAUACCAACGUGGAUGCGCGGCCGGAAACAGCCUUGGCCAUCACUGCCAUUGAGGGUGUGGGACGGAGAUGCGCGCAUGCGUGUCAGGAGAGCAGCCGCGCACCUCCCAGAGGGCAGGAGCGCACCCUGAGGCGGAGGGGGGACGUGCGACCACUACUACGCACACCACGCCAGGACGCGAUCCCAGGCUGGUUCCUGAACAGGCAGGAGGUAAAGGGUGGAAACUACAGCCAGGUCCUGGCCGACGGUCUGGACAACCUGGAGAGACGCAAGAAGAUGCCUGUGUCCAAGAAGAAGUGA